AAACGUCAAACACAGCAAAAAUGCAUUUGAUUUGAAAUCAUGUAAACAAGCAAAAUAAAAUGAAAAAUAUUAAUUUCUUUUCGUAAAAAUUAAAAUAAUAAAUAAAAUUGAACAAAAUGAAAGUGGAAAAAACUGCUAAACCCGAGAUAACCCGGCCAUUCAAAUUAGCUCAUCAAAUUGUUAGCCUCACUGGAAUAAGUUUCGAGCGUAGAAGCAUCAUUGGCUUUGUUGAAUUAACCAUCGUUCCGGCGAAAGAGAACCUCCACAUUAUUCGUUUGAAUGCUCAACAAUGCCGCAUCUAUCGUGUUGUCUUGAACGAUGUUUGCGAAGCCAAAUUCGUCUAUUUCGAUCCGUUUAUGAAUGUCUGCCAAUCUGAUACUAAAACCCGCUCGUUGGAGACUUUCUCCAAACAUCAUUUAACAGCAGCACAAAAAACUAAUCCAGAUGUGAAUGCAGGAGAACUGAUAAUCGAAGUUCCGCCUGAAGGAUUUCACAUGAUCCAAGAAGGUCGGGGUCUUCGCAUUGGAAUCGAAUUCUCAAUCGAGAAUCCUCAGGGAGGCAUUCACUUUGUUAUACCUCCCGAAGUCGAAGGUCAACCACCUACACCCAACUCCGCUCACAUGUUCACUUAUGGUCAUGAGAACUCCACACGACUGUGGUUUCCGUGUGUGGACAGUUUUGCUGAUCCAUGUACCUGGAAGUUGGAAUUCACCGUUGACAAACUAUUGACAGCGGUGUCCUGUGGUGAAUUGGUCGAAGUGGUCAUGACACCAGAUCUGAGAAGAAAAACCUUCCACUAUUCCCUUACGACUCCAGUUAGUGCUCCAAACAUAGCUCUAGCCAUUGGACCGUUUGAGAUCUAUGUAGAUCCACACAUGCACGAGGUCACUCAUUUCUGCCUCCCACAACUGAUGCCUCUUUUAAAGAACUCUGUUCGAUACAUGCACGAGGCAUUUGAGUUCUUUGAAGAAACUCUAUCCACAAGGUAUCCAUUCUCAUGCUACAAGCAAGUGUUUGUAGAUGAAACUGAUGUCAAUAUCGCCGCUUAUGCCACUUUGAGUGUUGUCUCGACGCAUUUGCUUCAUUCGAUUGCAAUAAUCGAUCAAACUUACGCCACCCGAACGGCCAUGACUAAAGCCAUUGCUGAACAGUUCUUUGGCUGCUUCAUAACCACUCAACGGUGUUCGGACACGUGGCUGGCGAAGGGUAUAGCAGAGUAUCUCUGCGGGUUGUACUCGAAGAAAUGCUUUGGCAACAACGAAUACCGUGAAUGGGUUCAGAAAGAAAUGGCUGAAGUAGUGCGCUAUGAAGAGCAAUAUGGAGGAAUAAUUCUUGAUUGUAGUCAACCUCCAGCUCCAUUGCCUGUUUCAACAACUAAUCCCGCGAAUGUGGCUAAUAAAUCCCAAGAGGUUCCUCACUAUUUUCCAAUCAAAAGUUUGCAUACCGUUUCACCGAAAUACAUCGAAGCUAUGAGACGAAAGGCUCACUUGGUGAUUCGUAUGUUGGAGGACCGAAUUGGACAAGAAUUGCUGCUUCAGGUUUUCAACAAGCAGCUUGCUUUGGCUACAAAUGCCGCUGGCACAAAGAUCGGUAAUGGGCUUUGGCACCAUCUUCUGAUCUCGACGAAUAUAUUUAUCAAGGCAAUCUUCACAGUAACGGGAAAGGAUAUGUCUGUAUUUAUGGAUCAAUGGGUGCGUACAGCUGGGCAUGCUAAAUUCUCUCUAACAUCGGUUUUCAAUCGAAAAAGGAACACAAUCGAGCUUGAGGUCCGACAGGAUUCGGUCAAUCAAAAAGGAGUGAAGAAAUACAAUGGUCCUUUGUUGGUGCAACUUCAAGAGUUGGAUGGUACAUUCAAGCAUAUUUUGCAAAUUGAAAACACUGUGGUCAGAUCGGAUAUUACUUGUCAUUCAAAAAGUCGUCGUAAUAAAAAGAAAAAGAUUCCACUUUGCACUGGCGAAGAAGUAGAUAUGGAUUUAUCUGCAAUGGAUGAUUCUCCAGUUCUUUGGAUACGUCUUGAUCCUGAAAUGAUUUUGCUCAGAGAUUUGAAUAUUGAACAACCUGAUUUUCAAUGGCAAUUUCAGCUGAGACACGAGAGGGAUGUUACGGCUCAAUUUGAAGCAAUUCAAGCUCUUGAGAAAUAUCCUACGUCUGCAACGCGAAGAGCUCUAACCGAUACCAUCGAAAAUGAAAGGUGUUUCUAUAAGGUUCGAUGUGAAGCAGCACACUGUUUAACGAAGGUCGCUAAUGCUAUGGUCACAUCAUGGAAUGGUCCACCAGCAAUGUUGAAUAUCUUUCGAAAGUUCUUCGGAUCGUUUAGUGCUCCGCAUAUUAUAAAACAAAAUAAUUUUUCAAAUUUCCAGCAUUAUUUCCUGCAGAAAACAAUUCCAGUUGCGAUGUCAGGUCUUCGCACAUCUCAUGGAAUUUGUCCACCAGAAGUAAUUCGUUUCUUAUUGGAUUUAUUCAAAUAUAACGACAACACAAGAAAUCACUACUCCGAUAACUAUUACCGGGCUGCAUUAGUAGACGCUUUAGGUAAUUCCAUCACACCAGUCGUUUCUGUUGUACUUCAAGGUGCUCCAAUUACUUCAGAAAAUUUAUCAGCUGAUGCUAAAGUUGUAUUGGAAGAAGUCACUCGACUAUUGAACUUGGAAAAACAUCUGCCCUCUUACAAAUACACAGUGUCGGUAUCGUGUCUAAAAGUUAUUAGAAAACUCCAAAAAUGUGGACACCUACCGUCAUUGCCGAAAAUCUAUCGAUGCUAUGCUGCAUAUGGGCAGUACAUUGAUGUUCGUGUUGCUGCAAUGGAAUGUCUGGUUGAUUUUGUCAAAGUAGAUGGUCGAUGGGAAGAUUUGGAUCAUUUGAUAACUCUAAUGGAAAGUGAUCCAGAUCCGGCAGCAAGACAUGCUCUGGCACGUCUCCUUAUUGAAAAUCCACCAUUUACAAAAAUGCAAAGAAGUCGGCUAGACAAACCGGAAUUAGUUGAGCGAAUUUGGAAAAAUAUGAACAACAAUUUAUCACAUGAUACAAAACUUCGUUGUGACAUGGUCGAUUUGUAUUACGCGUUAUAUGGCAUCAAGAAACCAAUAAGUUUGCAAUCGUCAGAUGCAUCCGGAAUGUUUAAAGAAUUUGUCAAGGAAUCUGCUGUGCCCAAACCUCGUUCGAUAAAAGAGGAUUUCAAACCCUUUGAAAGUGAUUCUCCUCGAGAUCCACCUGAAAUACCUGGUGCUAUAAAAAGAUCCGCUUCGGAUGCAUUCGAUGAGCCUUCUUCCAUCAAAUUGGAACAAGAUGAAGUUAAAGUUGAACCUUUUGAAGCCGAAGUUGAAGUCGAUGGUAAAUCGUCUAUUGUCGUCGUUGAUAGCGAAAUAAGUGGUGGAGGAGAAGCCAAAAGGCUUAAAACCGAAUACUAUUCGGACAAUUCAACAUCGUUACCAGGUGCAUUACCUACACCCGGCCCGGUUGGUUUUGAACCAGGAAUGUUUAAACACGAAGAUGAUAGCAAAUCAAAAUCUGAUAAUUCGUCAAAGACGAAGAAAAAGAAGAAGGAUAAAAAGAAACAUAAACACAAGCACAAGCAUAAGCAUAAUAAGGAUAAAGAUCGUGAGAAAAGGGAAAAGAAAGAUCCCAGUUUUACUAGGAUUCAAGCUAAAGAAGAAACACCAGAGACUUUAAGUUCUGGCGAUAGCUCAAGCAACAGCAAUCCACCGCUUAGUUAUACGAACUUUUUUUAAAAAGUAUACAUAAAUAAAAUAAGUGAUGCGAGCUCUACUUUAACUGAGGGCAACGUACAAAAUUUA